AAAUUAGACGAUUCGUUUAAGUCGUCCUGUUGAAGUUCAUCCCGUUCGGUCCUUUUGUGCCAUUGAGGAGCAAGUAAUCUCGCUGGAAGAUUUCGGAGCUUUUGCAGAACGCGCGCGCCUCAUCGUGUACAGCGAAUUCUCUAUUGCAAGGCAAUAGAGAAAGAAGUAGCUCGAAAGCUAUAAAUAAAAGGAAGUUACCGGAGCCAAGUGUGCCGGAAACAGGAAGCAGAGCAGUAACACAUCCCGAUCGUAGAGAUUUAUAAAUCGUAAACAUGAGCUGGCAGGAUUACGUCGACAAUCAGCUUCUCGCUUCCCAGUGCGUGUCAAAGGCGGCCAUCGCUGGACACGAUGGUGGUGUAUGGGCCAAGUCGGAAGGUUUCGAGGUAUCGAAAGAGGAGCUGGCCAAAAUAGUACAGGGCUUCGACAAAACCGAACUGCUCACAUCCGGCGGCGUGACACUAGCUGGCCAGCGUUACAUUUACCUCUCCGGUACCGACCGAGUGAUCCGUGCCAAACUGGGCAAGACGGGGGUACACUGCAUGAAGACACAACAGGCUGUUAUAGUAUCGAUCUACGAGGAACCCGUGCAGCCGCAACAGGCGGCAUCCAUAGUAGAAAAGUUGGGAGAUUAUCUAAUUACCUGUGGUUAUUAGAAGGAAAUAGAAAUGUUCUAGUGCGACGGUGGAGGAAGAAGCAGGCAGGAGGAGGAAGAAGGCUGAGGGGAGUAGCAGCAGCAGCAGCAGCAGCAGCAGCAUAACGGAUGAGAACUAAGGGGGACGGAGAUGGUGGCGGAGGGGAGCAUUAGUGACGACGGGAGGGGCACGCACGGGCGGAAGAAGCCGCCCGCCGCCGCUAGUGUGGUGCCGUUGUCCGCGCGAGCUAAGCACACAGGGUCGUGUCCUGCAAAGCGAUGAGAGGAGGACAGGGGCUGGUUGAUUUGCUUCAACACAUGAUCAGCCGAAAGGAAAAAAGUGAAAAGAAAAACAAGUAAAUAAAGAAAGAGAAACAGAGAGACAGAGAGAGAGAGAGAGAAACGGAGAGACACACAAGAAGAGAAAGAGAGAAAGAUUCGGUGGCGUGUGAGACAGAAACAAACAGCGAAAACAGAAGAAGGAAAACAACAACGGAACAGAUACUUUCAUACAGCUUUUUUAUAAUUUAAACACACUUGAAUAAAGGAGAAGUGUAAGCUAAAGAGGAAGAAGAUCUAAAACAACAGAUGGAAACCAACACUCACUGUGCUUGGUGAAUGAAUCAAUUGAACAAGUCGAACCGAACUCUAUCGAAGGAAAGAACUACAACAACACCUGGAACUCCGGCCAGCAGAGAGUGUGUGUGAGUGUGCGGGUGCAUCGAAUGUCAUGUGCGCCACACAGCACUCUGUUCCUUCCUCUUCUCUUGCUGGCUGACUGUGUUUGGAGUUAUCGCGAGUGCGUUCUGUGUGCAGCUUUAUGCUGUCUCGCCAGGGAUUCAGCGGGGCAUUUUGGAACAUCAUCCACCCAACCGAUUCCAAUUCCUCGCUCUCGACCUCUCUCUCUCUAUCUCUCUUUUUGCCUUUCUAUACACUAGCAAAACACCAGCCGCCCCCAGAAAAAGGCAGGAAGCUGUCGGAAGAGGUAACGUACGACCUGUGUGUAUUCUUGCUCUGACAGACGGUGGAGGCACCAGGACACACAGCUACCAGAGGGGGGAAGAUUAGAGCAGGAGCAGAAGUAGUAAAAGGCGAAGAUUUCGCGCAAAAUGAGCCGCAAAGAAACGGGCGAACAGGAAAGAGCACAAGAACGUAAGGAACGCAUAGACACCACAUACCGCAGCAGCAGCAGCAGGACGUAAGCAUAUGACGCGUGACACUCAGGACACACGGACGGACGCGAGACUGAAAUUGACGUAGUAUCGGGGGCAGGCAGGGGAUUACACGAAAGAGGCGCGCGCAGAACACGAGGUUGUCGACGGGGAGAGAAAAACCGAGAGAAACAUUAGAAGAACUCCCGCGCGUGGUGGGUGGUGGGGUCGGUCGUAGUAGUAAGGAGCCAGCCGCGAAGCCAACCUGUCGGCUGGCCGAGUGACCCGCGCGCGCGUGCAGCAGCAGCAGCGGACGGGAAGAAGGAAAUUAAUAAUAAAACAAAAAAAAACUAUUGAUAAUACUGUGUAAGCUUACAUAUUUUGUCUUUUUUUGCCUAAAUGGUGUGUAAAAUGUGGCUAAACGAAUAAAGGAGAAAACAUAAAACAACAGCA